AUGGAGACACACAAAUACCGUCUGCCUGACCACACCAAUGGGAACGGUACCAAGGUACAACUUGAGACUCGACGAGAGCAUCUCGAACGAAAUGGUGCCCUUCCCGCCUCGGAUCAACCGCCUCCACCUCCUCCGAAAGAUACACCCCCGGUACCAGCGGUUGAGUUCACACCCGAUCUGGCGUCGUACUUCACUCCCGGUCACCAGCGACCCGGUUCCAUUUACACGCUUUCCCGUGCAUCCUUCGCCAAUCAGCUAGCUCAACUAACAUCACUUCAACUUCCCGAUGCGGAGUCCUUGUCCAGCAAGGUGUCCGCUAUCCCGACAGCACAAGUCGCAUCGAAAGCCUUGAUCAACGCCGCAGAGCAAAUUAGAAGUUGGAUCUACAAGGCAUCAGAGGUUAUUGGUGGUUUGGACAGCGAUGAUGACGUUGAGUGGGCCGCGGCAGGUGGUCGCGAAGGAUACGAAGAAGUCGAAAACGCCAUACAUCGUUUCGAGAAAUUGAUCAAAGUAUACGUUGGUGCUAUUGAGGAAUUGCAAGGUCGCGGAGACAUUGCCGACGUCCCGCCCGAGGAUCUUCAUCGCGCUGUCUCCCAAAUGGAGUCCAUCAUCGAAGAAUGGGCCAACAUCAAAGCAGCACUCAACACUGUCAAAGGGCAAGUCGAACUUGCGAUGGAGUGGGAAGAACUAUGGAACAGUGUCUUGGGAGAUAUCCAAAGCGAAAUGGACGAAUUGAGCCGUCUGGUCUUCGAGAUGGAAGAACGACGCCACAAGUCUUUGAUGGCUGCCGCAGGCGGCGACGGCGUCGAUAUCGGAGACCUUGAGAAUAUUGUGGAGGAUACUCCUCCUCCCGUUGCCAGGAUGCAGGCGCAAAACCGCUUCAGCCUCCCCGGUCUUCCGCUCAGUCCUGGGUCAACGUCCCCAGGAACGCCUACACCCACCCUGUCACAAGAUGAUUCAAGUCUCCUGGCCCUUUUCGCACGGAUGCAACCCUUGCGCGCAUCGCUAGACUUCCUUCCUAUGCGACUCGCCGUAUUCGCUGCCCGAGCCGAGAAAUCCUUCCCAACUGCUUGUGAGGAAUUGGAUAUGCGACGCACAGGUCUCGAUGGCAGUUACAAAAAGCUGGAAAAGGAUGCCGAAUCACUGCGUAAGGAGUUGGGUGAGGAUCGCUGGGUCAUUGUUUUCCGCGGAGCAGGACGACAGGCCCAGAAGAUGAUCGAGUCGGUAGAGAGGUCGAUGAUCAAGCUAAGGGAAGCUGUCGACACCGGCAUGCAUCUUAGCAGCCCACCGACAAUGAUCAAGAAGAUCGAGAGUUACGACGCCAAGAAGACGCAUUAUGGCCCAGCUAUCGAGCGAGUCUUGGCCAUCAUCGACAAGGGCGUUAAGGACCGGCUUACUGUCAAUGGCGAGAUUCUCCGUUUGCAUGCCGAGAUGCAGUCGAAAUGGGAAUCGAUCAAGGACGAGAUGCGAGAAAUGGACGUGGUCGUGGACGAAGUGCAAGUAGACACCAGAGGCCAGCAGCUGAGGGAUUCUAUCUCCAGCAUGCUGUCGAAUGAUCGCUCGACGAUUGGUAGUGGCCGCGAUACCCCCGGCAGCUCUCCUCCUUCCUCGGUAAUUAUGUCGAGUCUCGGAUUAGAACCAGUCACUCCCAGGAACAAGAUGGCCAAGAACCGCUCCGUAAGCACCAACAGUCACUUGCCGCAGCCAUCGGGAAGACGACAGUCGUCACUGCCAACACCUUCCUCUCAGCUGCCUCGCAAGCCCUUGGUACCUCGACUGUCGAACAUGACUUCGAGGCUCGGUACUCCAUCUGCGGGCAAUAUCCCCAGACCUGCUUCAACGCAACCGAACCGGCCCAGGUGGAAUGGUUCGACAAACACCACGGAUGUUGGCAUUGGCCACAACUUCAAGCCACUGACCCUCACCUGUCCCAGCCCCUAUGCCAAAAAGACAUUGCCAGGCCCGCGGCCAGCAUCCUCCUUGACCCCGCGAUCCUCAUCGCCCGGCGGUACGAGGUUGCCAACCCUUCGGAGCCCCCUAACCCGAGAGUCAUCCGCGUCACCCAUGCCCGAGGACACGCCCACGAAGAGAGCCCCAUCGAAGUUGUCUUUCCGAGAGCGCCUAGCCUCGCCUGGCCCGUAUUCUCAGCAGACACUCUCUAAGCCACGUUUGUCUCCAUCUGUCUCUACGUCUGGUCUCGAGUCUUCGUCAAGUCGACGUGCCUCUUUGCAACCACCCAAACUUCACUCAUUUGCCGACCGAGCUGUACCAAGCCGUCCUGCAAGCUCGUUGGCAUCGACUCGUCGAACUAGUCAACUGCCACAACUUAAGGCAAGCAGUACGACCGGUGGCAUGGAGACCCCUCCAACACGAUCUGUCUCGCGAAAUACUACACGCAAGACUCUUCCAGAGCUGUCUAAAAGCACCUCCAGCCAGAAGCCUCGAUGGAGGGGCUAG